AUUUUUUGGGUAGGCAUAUUAUGAACUAUUAAGUUAUAGUUCUUAGUUUUUUAUACAAUAUAUAUAUGAAUGACCUAACAAAUUUUAUUAUCGUUUUAUCGUCAAUCGAGUGAUUUGUAUUAACUGCAGGAUGGCGGUUUUACAAGACAACAUAAAUAAUAAUCGAAACUUGUCAGACCAUAUUUUAGUGUUAAACAGAAUCGAUGUUACAAAUAUAUUUAAUUUACCCUUGAAAGCUACUCAAAGAAUAAAAGUAAGAAAUAUAAAUUUUCAUAUAAAUAUUUUGUACUUAAUUGUCUAAUAAUCUACUAUUUUUAGUAUACAUGCGUUGAAGUAUCACAAAACUUUAUCAUUUUUGGUGCAUCCAGUGGUGGAUUAUAUGUAUUUCGUAGACAACCUUGUGAAUUUUUACAAUUACUUCCAAAUAAAGUGAGUAUUAAUAUAAUUAUAAAAUACAUCUAAAGUAGUAUGUAUAUUUUAUUUGUCGUACUUGAUAUACUUACAUCAUAAGUUUAUUUUUACCAUACUAUACCACGGACCAUUUUAAAUUUAAAAUGGGUGUUUUUCUUUCUUAAUUUUUAUAAAUAUGGACUAUAAAUUAAAAAAUUUAUGUUAUACUCAAUUGAAUUAUUAAAUGAAUUGACUUCUCUUUUCCUUAUUCAAAAGUUUUGUUAUUUUCAAUUUGUUCAUCAAGUAAGUAAUAAAUAACUAUUUGUUUAAUUGUAAGAUUAUCAUUUGUUUUAAUUCAGAUUGAAUACUGUUGGUUUUGUACUUAAAGUUCAGUUAUUUUUUAAUGCUGGUAGAAACUUGCAAAAAUGUUGGGAUUUAAAAUUUAAUUUAAUCUCAAUUCCUACUCAAUUAUGUGGCCACUUCAUGAUUUUCAAGUUUCAUAAAAAUAUGAAUUGUUUAUUUGUAUUUAUUAUAAUGAUAUAGUAUGAUUUUUUUUUUCUUUUGUGGGGUGAGGAGGGUAUGUAAUCAACAAGUUUUGUUAAGCAAUUUUUUUUAAAAUUUACCAGUUUGAUGACUUGAAAAAUUAUAAAUAACUCACAAAUUAUUAGGACGUACAUUUAGAUUCUAACAAAAUCUAUUCCAAAUAUAAUGAUUUACUAUGGCUUUAGAUUUUAAAAUUAUAAAAAUUUAAUUAGUACCUUUACUUUUAAUCCGAAAAGUAGCAAAAGAACAUUGGUUGAAACAUUUGUGUUUUAUAAUUUCAUAAAGAUUAUAAAAAUAUUUAUUGAGAUCUAUAUUUCAAAUUUAUUCCAUUAAUAAUUUUUUUGAUGUUUAAAAUUUAUACAUUUCAUAAUUUUUCUACACAAAAUUAUGUUUGGUAUUAACAGGAAGGAUCUGUGACACAAAUUGUAGUUUCUAAAGAUGAAGAUCUGAUUGCGUUUGGUACACAAAAGGGCAUUGUAUGCAUUUUACAGAGAAAUGAAAACGGUAUUGGUGCAAAGCUGUUAAAUAAAUCUACCGAACACUUAGGAUAUGAAAUCACUGCUAUGGAAUGGACAUCAAAGAAUCAGCUAUAUUUUGGCGAUUGCAAUGGAAAAGUUACAUCAAUUUAUGUAUCAUUGUUUGUUGUGAGUUUAAAUUCAUAUUUUUAGCAUGCUUAAUAAAUUUUAACAUAUAAUUUAAUAGCAUGCUUAAUUUACAUAUUUAAUAUUUUACAGCGAAAAGCUAUUUUCCAAACUCCACCAUAUACCAUGAUUGAAUUGGAUUCAAAAGUAAUUCAAAUAGAUAGCUCCGAUGACAUAUUAGUGAUCUCAACAUUGACCAGAUGUUACGUCUGUGAUAUGUAUAAAGAGCAGUUUAAACAAAUUGGACAAAAACCUAGGGAUGGUGAUUACGGUUGUUGUAUUGUUGCAUGGAAUGAAAGAAAAAUAUUUUCAGCACGCCCAGGUUCUAGAAUUUGGGAAGUUGAGUUGAAUGGUGUAGUAAAAAGCACACAUCAACUUAAGUACUGUCUAGCAAUUCCUCCAACACUUAAUAUUUGUGGACAAGAACCGAUUGAGUUGUCACAAGUUUCUGAUAAAAAUUGGCCACCACAAUCUCUUAAUUUUAAAAAGUUGUAUAAAAUUUGGGAAAAUUGUUUACUUACAUAUACAUCAAAUAGUAUAUUUAUUUUUGAUAUGUUGAAAAUAAAUGUCCUUUUAUGGUGUAAUAGAUAUAACAAUGUACAAAAUGUCAAGCACAUUAAUGACACUUUAUAUAUAUGGUCUUCAAAUGGUCAGUUGAUUGUUGAACAGAUUAUUCCUCUUCAGAAUUUUUUGGUCAAUUGUUAUGAAAGUAAUGAUUACAGAAAAUGUAUUACAUUGAUUGAACAUUAUUAUGAUAGAAUAAUAGAAAAAAAAUCUAUUAUUGAUGAGCUAUACCCACUAGCUGAUAUAAGUACAAAAAUUGAGCUGCCAGUUAAUACAAACAGUUUGAUCACAAAAAUAAAAAAAAUUAACUAUUUAAAACAGACUUUUUUUAAAUUACCAUCAGGAAUUUAUUCGUUGACAAAUUAUGUAUAUGUUAAAAAAAAACAAACAUUACAAAGAAGCCACAGUUUAUUUUCUAUUAAAUCAAAUAAAUCAAUAAAGCGUUCCAAGUCAAUGGUGAACAUACACUUAGAUUUUAAUACAAUUAAAAAGUCUGAACAGUAUCCGCAUAGUGAUUAUUCCAAAUUUACAGAUAAACAUAUUUUUGAUCAGUUAUAUAUGGAAUUAAAUAUUUCUUCAAUUCCCUUUGUGUCACUAGCUACUUCUGAUGCCUUUCACGAUACUCUUAUGGAAAUAGGUUCAAAUGUUACCAAUCAAAUUGUGAAAAGUAGUAAAACUCUUAAAGAUACACUAAAUAAUUUAACUACAACUACUAGUAAAAAUGAUUUAGUACCUUAUGAUGUAUCAGAUAUAACUAGACGGUCUGAACCACAACCCAUUAAUGAGAAUGAAGUAGAUUUUCCAAACUAUAAAUUGGAUCUUGAACAUCGUGAAAAACUCAAUUUAUUACCAAUUUUAAAAAUUUAUGAAAAAUUACAAAGCAAUCAUGAAUUUGAUAUUGACUGUUUACAAAGCUUAGUUAGUGGUGUAAGAGAAGUGAAAUCUAAUUUAGAAAGUAUUUUACAAGUAAAACAUAAAAGUUUUCCAUUCAGACAAUAUUUGAAAGAAAAGCAUUUGAACACCAUUAAGAAAGCAGUUAAUGAUAGUUUCAUAAGCAAUUUAGUAUUAAAAUGGGCUGAUAUAUAUGCUGAAGAUACUUUGAUUGUUAAUCAAUUUGAUUAUCCAGAAUUUCUGUUGUACUAUUUAACCGAAAAUGAUUUUAAAAAAGAUAUUAAACUCGGGGAGUUUAUAACACUAUUUAGUCAAAUUAUGGAACUAAGUGGUAUAUUCAAUUUUUUGUUAAAUGAUAACUUGAAAUGUUCUUAUGCAAUAUUUUGUACAAUCUUGGAAAUGAGCUGCAAUAAUGAUGAAAAAACUGUACCAUUAUUAAUGUACUUGAACUCUAUGUAUGUAUUUUUGAAAUUGGACCAAAUUGAAUCAUUCCGUACACUUGGAUACAAAAGAAACAUCAAACCAAUAUUUGUAUUUUAUUUAUUAAUGAAGUUUUCUGUUCAUUUAAAGUCCAGCAAUCAAAAAAAGUGCAAUACAAUUUUUUUAUCCUAUUUAUCACAUUUAAAUGAAAACUAUUUCAACGAUUUUAAUGUUCUUUAUUAUGCUGUUUAUAGUUUUGUCGCAUUAAACCAUAAUGAGACUAAGAAUUUAUGUAAAUGUGGAUUUCCUUUGAGCAAUAUCAAUGGUAAAUUCAAAAAGCUUGGGAAAAUACUUAUUGAAUAUUUAUCUACUGUCAAUAUUGAUUUGGAGCAGUUACAUGUAAUUUUACAUACAUUUUCAACGUGUGAUUCUUCCACAAAUUCUCUAGACGAUGUUAUUAAAUGUUUUUGUAAACAAGUACCUCAUUUAUGGCAAUUAGUUCUAGAAUCCACUAUACAAUUGAAUAGUUCUAAGUAUACAAAAAUUAUUCUUUCGAUUCAUUUGGGUUUGGUGGAUCAAUUGGAUGUUUAUUUGAAUAACAAAAGUGAAAAAUUAUUUGAUAAAAUCUUUACAUUAAAUCAUUACUUUAAGAAUGGUCUUUGUUUAAACUGUGGUAAUGUUAGUGGAAAAAAUCAAGGGAUUACAUGGACUGAUUUAGCUGCAUUGGCAUUUCAAUAUUUAAGUCCAGAAGAAAUGAAACAUUUGAUGCACAAACAUAGAAAUAAUAUACCACGAGGAGAUAUUGAUAGUUGGUAAUUAUUUUCUGAUACAGAUUUUAGUAGAGUUUUUAAAUUAAAAUUAACAAACUGAUAUUUAUAUUUUAGGUUUUAUCAGAGCUUUGUAUUAACACAGUUGGCAGGUUUAAAUUCAAAAAAAAUUGUGAUACAAACUCUCAAACAUCAUAAUAAUAUAUCAAUGAUGAAUAUAAAAGUAAGGAUUAUAAUUUGUCAAUAAAUAUUUUAUGUACGUACAUUUAAUUUGUAUAUAUAUAUAUAUUUUAUUUUUGGUUUAUAGAGCUGUGAGAAUAUUUUAACUGUUUUGGAAGAAGAAUUGGGUACAACUAUUGAAUUUAAAAAUCUGUAUUCUAAUAAAUCGCACUGGGGUACAAAAAUAGAUUUUAAGAAUGGUUAUUGUAUUUGGUGCUCAUUACCAUUGAACUCUGAUCCUUUAAUUCGAGGCAAGAAUAAUGGACUUGUGUCAUUUAAAUGUGGUCACUCUUUUCAUACUGUGUGUGUUCGCCAACAAACUGAUAACAUUCAAUGUGCUGUUUGUCAUAGAAAAUUAAUCUAAUGAAUUAAGUAUGUUAUUUAUAAUAUAGUGCUACAAAAUUAUUGAUAUAUAUAUAUAUAUAUAUUUAUACUGUUGGUUACUUUCACUCUAGUCCAAUUAAUUGUUCUCAUUUGAAAGUUAAAUAAUUCAAUUCCAUAAUUUUUAAAGUGAAAUAUCAAAACAAGUAUUAUUAGAAAAUAUUUAUAAGAAACAAUAUUAGAAAAUAAAUUUAGGUAAUAGUGAACAAAUAUUUGUUAUUAGAUUAGGAAAUUUAAACAAAAAUUAGGGGAUUAAUUUAAUUUUCACUAGUUUUUGGAAUUAUUUAAAAUUAUUGUAUGGUUGGGUAUUUUAUUUUGAAUUUAGAAAAUUUCUAAAAAUUAGAUUUAUUUUUUAAUUUUUGUGAUAUGUGAUACAUGUAAUUAUAUUUAUUACUGUACAUAUUUUAAAUAAUAAAAUAAUAAAGUAAACACAAAAUUAUUAAAAUGGUUAAUACUCGUAAAUAAAUAAAGUAAAUAAAUAUACAUAAAAUAUAUGUAUAAAAAUAAAAUAAAUAAAUGCAUUGCCUGGAGUUUUAUGAUAAGUGUAUCUUAUGACUGGUUUCAAAUUAAAAAUCCAUCGUCAAUUAUAUGAUAGUCAAAAUGUAAAACGCGACUGCUGUACAUUGCAUGUAUAUUUAUUUACUUUAUAUAUUUUAAAUACCGAAGUAUAUUUUAGACUCAUAAUCAAUUAAAAAGAAUAGCAAAUUUAAUAUAUUUAUGAACUUAUUAAAUCAUGAUAUAACUAUUAGUAUAUAUUUAUGAAGUUGUUAAAUAAUAUUAAUUUAAUAAGUCUGAAUAUUUGAUUAUUUAGAUAUUUGUAGUACUUAUAUUUAACAAAAACCGAAUUAUUUUCUCUGUUAUAAUUUUUAUUUUGUAUUUAAUAUCAUAAAACUAUGUCAUGUUGUUAAAAAUGGUGAAU